AUGUAGUGCGCCAAUGAUGCAUGUUGGAGCUGAUUUUCUAUUUUCUUUAUGCUCCUCUUUCUCAGUUCGAGGUCAUCUCCUUGUUUUCCCGCCAUAUUUCCGAAUUGUAAACUUUUAGGCUACUAGGCCCGAACAGUGGGUCUGCUGUUUGCAAACCUCUGUAAAUAUGAGCUGCGAAGAAGAGGAAGAAAAUGACGAAGAUUUUAAUUGGCGUCAGCCAGCUGACAUUCCCAUAUCGUCUGAAUUUACUCCCGGGCGUGGGAGAAUUGAUGGAAGGCAUGAUGAUGGGCAAUGUAAACUCGGGCCUCGAAAUACGGAGCAAUGGACUUUGAGAAGUACGACCUCAAACGAGUCGAGUCCAUCAACAAAGCAAUCUAAUUUCGGACAUAUUAAGAGCAUUAUUCAUAUUGAUUUUGAUUGUUUUUAUUGCCAAGUUGAAGUAAUACGAAAUCCAGCCUUGCGGGAUAGGCCGUUUGGUGUUUAUCAAAAGCAUGUUGUGGUGAGUUCAAAUUAUGAAGCAAGACGACUUGGAGUAAAAAAGAUGUCAUCAAGGACCGAAGCACUUAAAGUUUGCCCUGAAAUGAUCAUGGUAAAUGGAGAAGACUUAACGGUGUACCGUGAAUUCACCAUGAAAAUGUUCAACCUUUUGAAAAAUGUGUCACCAAUCGUUGAGAGAGUUGGUCUGGACGAGAAUUUUAUCGAUGUGACAAAAUUGAUUGACGAUAGAUGUCCAAGCGCCAAUGAAAAGAUUGUAGGACAUUGCUAUGGAUAUGAUGGCAGAAUUGAUAUGAGCCUUGAUGAACUGCUCACAAUGGAAGCAGAUAAUGGUUGCAGCUGUGGUUGCUUUUCUCGCAUGGCUAUGGCAUCAUCAUUGGCAGCUGAGAUGCGGAAGUCUCUUUAUGACAAUCUUGGCUUGACAUCAAGUGCUGGGAUCUCUCAUAGCAAAGUACUUGCAAAGUUGGCUGGAAAGAUUCACAAACCAAACCAACAGACAACAAUACUGCCAACAUUUGCUGGAGAAUUUCUCAGCUCAAAAAAUGUCAAGGAAAUACCAGGCAUUGGAUCUCGCUGUUCUAAAGUCUUACAGAACAUGGGUGUGGAAACAGUUAGCGACUUGGCUAGGUUAUCAAGAGAUGAGUUGAAAAACAAGUUUGGAUUAAAGCAAGGGGAGUUUUUGGCAGACAUCGGCUUGGGUAUUGAUAAAACUGAAGUUAAUGCUUCAGAAGAUGUUCCAAAGUCUAUAAGUGAAGAAGAAUCAUACAGAAAGUUGACAGAUUUUGCAGAAGUGCAGAAAGAGAUGACGCUGUUGAUUGAAAAACUUGUAACGAGGUUGGUCAAAGAUGGUCGAUCACCCAGGACCAUCAAGCUGACACUCCGCAAACGUUUUUCGCAAAAUUUUGCCAAGAUAUGUCGACAGGAACAUUUCGAUCCAAAGCUUUUGAAAGCAGAGAAAGAUACAAUAAGAGUAGAUACUAUACUUGAAAUUCUGACACGAUUGUUUGACAAAAUGAUUGACAGAGCGCAAGGCUUUGAUCUUGCCGUUAUAAAUAUUUGUUUUACGAAUUUUGACGAAGUGGCUGCAAACAGUUCUUCAAUCUCUAAUUUUUUUGGCAAGAAAAACACCAGUCAGCCCAAAUCUAACAAAAUGUAUGACUUUAUGGAAUCAACUGCGGACAAGUAUUCAAUAAACAAAAAUUUAGGUUUUAAGUUCUCCGAAGCAGAAAUACCUAAGAAACCCGAACAGACUGAACGAUGUUUUGACCUGUGUGAAAAACCAAGUAUGAAAGCACCCUCAAAAUUUAUUUCAAGUUUGAGCAAAGAUUCUCGGGUACCGAACAAACAGCGGAAUAACAAUGAUUUGCCGUCAAAAGGCGAUGCUAGAAUUGUAGUAGAAACAAUCCCCGGUGUCUCCGGGAUUUUGUCUGGCGGAGAGGAGGUAGCUCAGCCAGAAUGCAUCAAACCUCUUACUUGCUUGGAUCAGACUGAGAUUAGUGACAACAAAGAUCUUGAAUCCGAGGUUUCUGGAUUUCUUCAAGAAGUUAAGGACAAUGGAUCCAUACAAGGUUCUUGUGAAUUUAAAUGUCCCGAUGGAAUUGAUCCAGAUGUUUUUCGGCAGCUGCCAAAGGAAAUCAGGGACGAACUGCUGGAAAGUUGGAGAAAGAAGGAGCAUGAUGUUGUGGAUGUCAGAAGUAGUGCAGGGCCACCGAAAAAGAAGCAGAGAAAAAGUGGCAGCUUAGGGACUAAGUCCAUUCGGAACUAUUUCACCAAAUGACUGAAGUAGGUCCAUUCCAAAAUAUUUUCUUUUGUUGAUACACAGAGAUGUAUUGUGCCUGAAUUAAUGUUUAUAUUAUCGGCAAAAACUUCUCUACACUUUUUUGGUAAAUGAUUUAGUGCGGCGAAAUAUUAAUGAUCUAACGUUAUGCUUCUAACUCCAUAUGUUUUAUCUUAACCCGUGUGUUGAUACCAGGAAAAGUUUGUUUCGGUAAUUGAGUUGAUUCCAGGAAAAAAGGAUGAAUUUCAGUGCAUUUUCAGUUUUUACUGACUUUCAGUUCCAGUUUCAGUGUAAAAGAACUUCCUUAGAAAAUACAGGAAUUACAUUUGGCCAGCAAUUUGAA